CGGCGCUCUGCCUUAAUAGUCGCCAAAGCAAUUGGAAGAAAAGGAAAGGAAAAAGAAUCUCGCGCCGUAGUCUUUUCCAAGAAUCGCCGAUCUGUUCUUUUCACCCAGAGUCCACCUCGAAAUCCAGCCGAAAGCGAUCCUUUUGCACGCUUCGCAUUGACUCCAUCCUCUUACCACCACGAGAGAGAACGCGACCGGAGUCCGCGGAUCUUCCGAUUCAUUUCGUGUAUUUGGGUUUUAGUUUUCCUUCUUGGUGGAUUCUUAUCGCCGUUAAAACCCGCCUUUGUGUUUCGCUCCCGAUCCCAAUUUCAAGAAGAACAGGUUCCAUUGGGAGUGAGGAUUCCCGGUUUCCUAUUCGAUUCCAUCGGUGUGGGGAAUCUUGUGAUCUGUCUUACUGAUCUAUCUUUGCCUCCGAGAUUUGGAGAUCGGCGGCGACGACGGAUCGCCCUCUCCUCGCUGCAAGAGGAUGGAGGCGUAGGCUCCUGGUGAUCUAUAAAGAUCUAUAUUUGCAUAAUUUACGCCACGACCAUCUCUUCAGAAGGGUAAGGUCAACCAGAGUCCCGCCUCUGCUGCCCGAAAAUGACUGGUCUUGAAGGGCUGCACGCUUGGGAGGAGAGAAAAGGAAAGAGAUCAGAUAUGGAGAGUUCGGAAGAUGAAAGAAGAAGAUUGACCAUCGGGUCUCUAAAGAAAAAGGCAUUAAAUGCUUCUUCACGAUUCACCCACUCUCUCAGGAAACGAGGGAAGAGGAGAAGUGUCCAUAGGACUUCUUCAGUGUCAAUUGAGGAUGUCAGGGAUGUGGAAGAGGAACGGGCAGUCUAUGCAUUCCGUAAGGAGCUAAUUUCCAGGGACUUAUUGCCUGAUAAACACGAUGACUAUCAUAUGAUGCUCAGAUUUUUGAAAGCGAGAAAAUUUGAGCAUGAGAAAGCAGUUCAAAUGUGGGCUGAUAUGCUUCAUUGGAGAAAAGAAUUUGGAACAGACACAAUUUUGGAGGAUUUUAACUUUGAGGAGCUGGAAGAAGUUUUACAGCAUUAUCCUCAGGGCUACCAUGGAGUUGAUAAAGAGGGAAGACCUGUUUACAUUGAGAGGCUUGGGAAAGUAGAGCCGAAUAAGCUUAUGCACAUCACCACAGUAGAACGGUACAUAAAAUUUCAUAUCCAGGAGUUUGAGAAAGCUCUACAUGAAAAGUUUCCGGCUUGUUCGAUUGCAGCAAAAAGGCACAUUGACUCAACCACGACUAUUUUGGAUGUGCAUGGGGUGGGUUUGAAGAAUUUCGGCAAAACAGCAAGAGACCUCUUGCUUAAAAUGCAAAAAAUUGAUGGAGAUUACUACCCUGAGACUCUACAUCAGAUGUUUAUUGUCAAUGCUGGUCAUGGCUUUAGGCUUCUCUGGAACACUGUAAAGGGUUUUCUUGACCCAAAAACAACAGCAAAGAUACAUGUAUUGGGAACAAAAUAUCAGAGUGCAUUACUUGAAAUCAUUGACUCAAGCCAACUUCCAGAUUUUUUAGGUGGUACAUGUACAUGCUCUGUUGAAGGUGGGUGUUUGAAGUCUAAUAAAGGACCAUGGAAUGAUCCUAACAUUAUGAAGCUUGCAUAUAAUGCUGAAGCAGAUUCACUAAGGCAUACUAGACGAAUGUCAGGUGGAGAUGAAGCUUUUGUAGGGUCAUAUUUUUUGAAGGGAAGAAGUAGCGAUACAUGGACACUUGAAUCUGGAUCAGAUGUUGAUGAUCUUGUUUUCAAACCUGUUGAGCAUAGCCGUUUAGCUCCAGUACGUGAAGAAAUCAGAGCAAGAGAUUCAACAGCUUACUAUAGUUGUGAUGAACACUUUGUUGUGGUCGACAAGGCUAUGGAUUGUGUUAGAAGAGGAGAACAAUCUUAUGAAAAGACAAAAGAUAUAAAAUACGAGGAACAGAGAUCGUAUGGCUUUUCAACAUCGAAUCAACAUGAUAGUUUGAGCAUGGCAAGUCACCCUGUCACCAAGGAGGAUACAGGAGAAGGGAUUUUUCAAUUGUUUGCAAGAGUAUUAAUAGCUUCCUUAGUCAAAAUUCUAUUAUUCUUUCACGUUGAUGGUUUUAGAAAGAGAAAAUUGAGCAACAUCCGUACUUCAGACACUCAGAAUUUGGCUGUCCAGCACAGUUCAACAGUGAAAAACAUUGAAGAUCAUUUGGGUCCUUGUUUGGAGCGGAUUAAAAGGCUAGAAAUGAUGUUUGAUGAGCUCACCAAGAAGCCUGCUGAGAUUCCUUCGGAGAAAGAGCAUAUGCUACUUGAAUCUUGGGAUCGAAUAAAGCAUGUUGAGUUUGAUCUAGAAAAGACCAAAAGGGUAUUGCAUGCCACGGUCAUGAAGCAACUGGAAUUUGCCAAGUCGUUAGAUGCAUUGCAGGACUUGAAACUUCAGAAGAGAAUGUUUUGUUGAGCCUCGAUGCCGGAGACGACUGCGGCGAGGGGACUACAUGCCGAUGGCAUUGUUUUUUGGUGCACAACGUAAGCAAAAUGUUCCCUGUUGCGGCAAGAAGUGGAACUUCCUCUGUGGGCCUAAGCAUAAACCAACUCCAAGUAUAUAUACCGUACUUUGUUUCGUUGGUUCGGUCGAAAGCCAAAGAACUUUACUGUCGCUGAUGAAUUGAGUGGACAAUUACAGGAAUCAAGUUUUGUCUCUGCAAUGCAUGUACGCUCAUGCACUGGUGCCUUGUAUUCUGUACUCGUAUCCCUUGAGACUUCCUGUACACCUUAGUGAUACGUGUGAUGGACCAAUUGUA